AUGAAAUCGGUCACAAUCCGUGGGCUGCGGCAGCUGCUCUGGCCGCCAGGCGCUGCCAGCUUGGAUGGUCCCCGACAACUGCGGCCAACGGCCUACCUCGACGGACUCAGGGGAUUUGCGGCCUUCUUGGUGUAUAUCCACCAUCAUGAGCUAUGGGCGCAUGGCGAGAAAAGCGUUAGCAUCUUCGAAAAUGCGUUUGGGUAUAAGGGCGAAUUUUACCUGGCGACCUUCCACUUCAUCCGGAAUUUCUUCACGGGCGGACACGCUGCCGUCGCGGUUUUCUACGUCAUCUCGGGCUACGUCCUCUCGGUGAAACCUCUAUCACUCAUCCACGCCGGCGAACAUCUCCAGCUAUUCGACAACCUCGCAUCCUCUUUCUUCCGCAGAUGGUUCCGGCUCUACAUCCCCCUCAUCGUGACGACGUUUGUCACUGUCACGACAUGGUACAUUUUUGGCAUCUGGAUUCAGAAGUAUGAACCGAAGGGAUCGAUCAGCGACGAGCUCUGGGAGUGGUAUGUCCAGUUCAAAAACUUCAGCUUUAUCUUCAAGGAGGGAUGGAUGUGGGUGGACUACAACACCCACCUGUGGUCGAUCCCGCUGGAGAUGCGCGGGUCCCUCGUCACCUUCAUCGCCUGCAUCGCGCUCUCUCGGGCGGCUCACAGAGCUCGCCUCCUCUGCCUGCUCGCGCUGGUGGUCUACUACCUCUACAUCGUCGACGGUUACUACUGCGCCCUGUUCGUGGCCGGCAUGCUGCAGUGCGAUCUGGACCUGCUCGCAAGGAAGGACGGCUACUUCCCGCGGUGGCUCCGCCGCCUUGAGCCUUACAAGACCUUGAUCUACUACCACAUGUUCUUCCUCGGCCUGUACCUCGCCGGUGUGCCGUCCGAGAAGCGGGAGAUGGACCAGCUGCGCGCGAACCCAGGGUGGUACUGGUUGUCGUUCCUCAAGCCGCAGGCCGUCUUUGACUUCAAGUGGUUCUACCUUUUCCUGGCCGGCAACAUGAUCGUGGCCAGCGUGCCGCGCAUCCCGUGGCAGAAGCGCUUCUUCGAAUCGAGCUUUUGCCAGUUUCUCGGCCGCGUCUCGUUUGCGCUAUACCUCGUCCACGGGCCGAUCCUCAGCACGGUCGGCGACCGUGUCUACCACGCCGUCGGCUGGGUCCGUGAGGAAGCCGAUCUGAACAACGAGCAGGUGCUGCGCUGGGCGAACGUCUUGCCGCUGCCCAAGACGGGGCCGCUGGGUCUCGAAAUCUCCUUUUUGGCAGCGAAUAUUUUGCUUCUCCCGCUCACGCUGUGGGUGGCCGACUUUGUGACGCGGACGGUGGACGAGCCGACCGUCCGGUUUUCGCGUUGGCUGUACAAGCGGAUUCAGCGGGACGGUGAGGUGGAGCAGAAGCCUGUUGACCUAGCGCCGCUCAUGCGGGUGGAAUGA